ACAACCCAUUUCUAAGCUGUCAAUCACUUAGACGAAAAAUAAAAAUUCUAUAAAAUUGCAUAUUAUUAUAAAUAAAUUAUAAUAAAAAAAUCGCAAAAUAUUAAAAGCACAAAAUUCUAAAAUUCUUGUAAAUGAAAUGAAUCCGGAUAACAAACUUGGAGGAAAUGAUGGUGGUAUUUGCUGUUCACCGGCGUGCCCACCACGCGAACGCCAACCGAUACCAUCAAUUGGCAAGCCCUAUGAAGCACCUUGUACCUCGACCUGUCUUUGCACUCCGAAAAUGUGUAGUAUUUUCGGUGGACACGACUAUAAUGCACCCGGCCCAGACCCUAAGGCUUGCAGUCCACGUAAGUCCAAAGCUAUUAAUGUGAAUACGUUGGGUGCCCCAAUCGGUGUGUUGCAAGCUACAAUUGCUACGAAAUCCAGCACACCCGAUGUGCACCCGCAUCGUUUUGCCACGACAAUAGUGGCGUUUAUGAAAGUCUAUACAACGCCGGAAAGUCAAUGGACUGAAGAAACCUUGGACGGACUUCUAAAAGAAGGUCAAGUUUUGUUGGCUAAGCCAGCUGAUCCCGAGUAUAAUGUCGACUCACCGUUGCACAUCUAUUCACCGCUGGAAGCCAAAGUAAAACGUUGGCAUAAAGUCGAUGAUGUCGCCUUUCAAGUGGAGUUGGGGGAGAAGUAUUAUUUUAGUCCACCCGUUGGCCCUGAAGAAGGUCCCCCACCCGAUUUGACAAUGGAUAAAUUUAGAGUCGCUAUGAAAAAGUUCUUUUCGAAGCAUCGUUUUUGUCUCAUCAAGGUAGCUGGUACUUACAAAAUGGUCUGGCGUUCACGCGGCGUUUAUUUCGUAUUGGAUUUGUAUGGUCGUAAACCCGAAGAUUUGGAAACGGAUAAAGAAAAUGGCAGAGCAAUGUUGAUCUGUCUUAAGGCGCUCGAUAAUGUGAUACAUUUGAUAAAUAAUUUAUCCGGCAUACAACCUACGGAUCCUUUCAAUUUACGCGAGCUGAAGGUGGUGAAGAUGACCGGUACCGAUGGUAAGACUAUGAGUCGUGACUUCGGUAAGCGUGAACAUCAAUAUCAAGUGAUUAGUGACGAAUAUGCCGUGCUGAAGGGGGACACACAUCUCUUGCGCAACAGUCCCGAUCCGAUACGCACACGUAGCGCACUGCCGGUAGGCGUGGCAGCUUUGUUGGCGGCCAAAAUCGAUCAUCCAGCUACGUGGAACGAGCGCAUGAUUGAAAAGAUCAUUUGCUAUGGUGUGAAUGUAUGCGUAUGCUGUUGGGAACAAUGUGUGAAAGCAAAAGAACCGAUCGAUAUUGAACGUUUUCCAAAUCGUCUAAAGAUUGCGCAGUUCAAAGCGCGAUAUACACUCACACCACGUAAGUUUACUGGUAUCUGGAAAUGUGUGCCGAACUUCAAGCAAACCGAACUGGAAGCUGCGCUCAUUAGUAGUUUCGAUGUUGGAGACAAUAAUUUGUUGGUUCAAAUCGAUCAAAAUAUUUAUGCCGUAUUCAAAAAGAACAACUUCUUUUACUUGUUCGAUCCCUAUCGUCAUCGAAUCGAGGGUCUUCCUGCACCGGAGGGUGAAGAUAAAAAGGAAGUGGAAGUGCAUAGAAAUGCAACUUUACGAAUGUUUCGCUCAUUAGAGAUGCUACUGAAGGUGUUUACCCAGAUGCUUUUAGAGACGAAUCGCACCACACAGUUCGCCGUGCACACACUCAAAAUCAAUAAUAUUGAAUUCUCGGCAAAUGAAGCAAUCGGAGCGCCAGAAGAACCAAUACUGAAUGAAGAUAUUGAUGUGAAGUCGUUGAAUGAGACGCUGUGCUUCGAGGAGGACGAAACGAAAUGUAAACUCGAUUUGGGCGGUGACGAUGAGGAUGAAGAUGAUAUCACAUCUGGAAUUGUGCAAAUGGAAAUGCCGGAGAGGAGUGAAACUGAGGAGUCUGAAGAAGAAUUAGAGGAGGAAGAAGGUGGUUUGGAAGAUCUAGGUGAAUACGAAUCUUCUUCGAGUGGUGAUGGUCAUCGUCAUGGUAAAGGAAGACGAAAGAAAAGCAAAGGACGUAAACGUAAAGAUGGAGAUGGCGGGGGUAAAGGCAAGAAGAAAGGCGGUAAAGGCAAAGGGAAGAAAGGAAAAGCAAAAGGCGAAAAGACUGACAAGCUUAAGAAAGAUAAAAAUAAGCGUAAAUCAGAAAAAGGCAAGAAAGGCAAGAAGGAUAAAGAUAAAGAAAAUAAAGACAAGAAGAAAAAGGAUAAAGAUGACUCAGACAAGAGAAAAUCCGAGAAGGAUAAACGCAAAUCUGACAAAGACAAGUCCGAUAAGGAAAAAGCUGAACAGGACCGAAAAGAUAAAGAGAAAGCGGAUAAAGAUAAAGCAGACAAAGAUAAGGAAGACAAAGAUAAAGACAAGACCGAUAAGGAUAAAGACAAGGACACAGAUAAGGACAAGGAACCUGAAAAACGCACUGUAAGUCAAAUGCAGCGUGCUGAUAUUGUAAGAAAGGGAGAAGAUGAUGGGCGUAAGCAAGUUGAUAGCAGUCGUGUUGGAGGAGAUCAAGAUGGUCGGGACGGGCGAGACGGGAAAGAUGACCGUGGUGGCCGCGAUGGCCGUGAUAUUCGUUCAAGAGAUGAUCGUUCGGCUUACGAUUCGAGUUGUGGUGACGAACGCAGAGAUGGAGAUGAUUACCCGCCACUCAUGUGUAAGCCCAACAGUUAUCCUGGCUAUUCAUGCGUGGCUUACGAUAUGGCAGUUGUCGGCUCCGAGAGCGGUACUUAUGAGAGUAUCUGCAAGUUAUUACGUGCUGGCUUUAAAUGUGCCGAUCGUAUUCUCACAAUGACACCAUGGGGUAAUUAUGUCGUAUUCCGUGGACGCGCUUGUUAUGACCAAAUAUACUUCUUGUUCGAUGGUUGUACAUGUAAUGUGAAUCGUUUCCGCCAUCUGGAUCUUAACUGUGGUACAGCUGGUUUAAUAUGCUUUGAGAAUAUGCACGAUAUUAUUUGUUACAUACUCGACUCUCAGAAGAUACGUAGUAAUCUGAAGAAGAGCCGAAAGAAAUUGGUUGACGAAAUUUGCCGGCAGUAUUGUUGAUUUAAAUUCUAAAACACAGUGAUUUACGAGAAUUUGAACAAAAAAAAAAAAAACAAAAUAACGAAAAGAAAAUAAGAAACUUUUAACUCUACAAGUUAUACGAUAAAAUAU